AUGAAGCAGCCAGCAGAUGUUCAUCAGCGAAUUGCAAGAAUUUCAGCUCACCUUAAUCCUCCCGCGGAUCAUUUCCAGGUAGGCGAGAAUUCGAGCAUAUGGCGUGAGGAUUGCCGAGCCAAAGGAGGGUCUCCGGGUUUCAAAGUGGCAAUAUUGGGGGCUGCUGGCGGCAUAGGCCAGCCUCUGGCGAUGCUGAUGAAGAUGAACCCGUUGGUGUCCGUGCUUCAUCUGUAUGAUGUGGUCAACACGCCCGGUGUGACUGCCGAUAUCAGCCAUAUGGACACCGGUGCCGUGGUUCGUGGGUUUUUGGCUCAAAACCAGUUGGAAGACGCACUAACGGGCAUGGACCUUGUAAUAAUCCCUGCUGGAGUUCCCAGAAAACCUGGAAUGUCUAGGGAUGAUCUUUUCAACAUUAACGCUGGAAUUGUAAAGACCCUCUGUGAAGGAAUUGCCAAGUGUUGCCCUAAUGCCAUUGUCAACUUGAUCAGUAAUCCUGUGAACUCUACGGUUCCAAUUGCAGCGGAAGUUUUCAAGAAGGCUGGGACCUAUGAUCCAAAGCGUCUUUUGGGAGUCACAAUGCUUGAUGUGGUCAGAGCUAAUACAUUUGUGGCUGAAGUUAUGGGCCUGGAUCCACGGGAAGUUAAUGUUCCAGUAGUAGGGGGGCACGCCGGUGUGACGAUUUUGCCAUUACUCUCCCAGGUUAAACCUGCGUGCUCUUUCACUCGAGAAGAGACCGAGUACCUGACAUCCCGCAUUCAGAAUGGCGGGACUGAAGUGGUUGAGGCCAAAGCAGGGGCUGGUUCUGCUACCCUUUCAAUGGCAUACGCAGCAGUAAAAUUUGCGGAUGCUUGCUUGAGGGGAUUGAGGGGAGAUGCUGGAGUUGUUGAAUGCGCAUUUGUAACUGAACUUCCAUUCUUUGCUUCAAGAGUGCGGCUUGGGCGUAAUGGAGUCGAGGAGAUUUAUCCACUCGGCCCACUGAAUGAAUAUGAAAGAGCUGGAUUAGAGAAGGCGAAGAAAGAGCUGGCUGGAAGUGUCGAUAAGGGUGUCUCGUUUGUUAGGAAAUGA